AUGAACGCCAAGUGGCCGGAAGCUUGGGACCUAGUGAGUGGCACUGCAAUCAAGUCGGAGAGGGAUUUUGCCUCUGGGGGCUCGGGAACCGUGAACCAGAGGCGGCUUUGUCAGGCACUCAACGUGUUCUCUUCAUUUGCGGUGUCUGGAUCCAUCUGGUCCCCCCCGUCUCUGUGCCAGAAUUGCCGGUUCCAAUCCGACAGGGCUGAACCAUACCAUGACCGUGCUUUGGUGAGUCCGGGCGUUGGAGUUGGCCUUCAUCCUGGUUCAUUUGGCGCUCAUUUAGCGGGGUCUCGCUCCUCGGAUUGGAAGAUUUUGAUUCGAUUCCGUGCUUUCCGCCAUGGUGUCGGACCCGGAGCACCUGCCCCAAACAAGUCAUCGAUCUUCCACCCCAUCCACACCAGAGGGUACGACAGCUUGCCUAGUCCGGCCCUUGUAGGCGCCCUCCCGCUUGUCUGGGUGGUUGUUGCCGUACUGCGUAAUCUCCGCAGGAAGGGCGUCGAGACGUAUAACAUCUUCACCGGUUGUGCGGUAGAGAAUAACCGGCAGAAUAAAACGGAUUUGGCGGUUAAAAAGACACCAGGGACCAGAGGGGAUGCUGGUCGUGAUGAACAGAAGAGCAUGGUGGUUCAACUCAAGGGGAAAAUGACGACCGCUCAACUAGGAGUCACUAACCAUUUAUUGCCUAGUUGGCCUUUUGAACUCGGUGUGGUUAUUGCUAGAUUACGUCAGGGUCCAGUGACCGGCCGAAGCAGGUGA